GUCAGGGGCAGUUUGGACAAUCGCAGUGUGCCCAUACCUGUGGAUGCGGUAAUAACCUGACGGCGCCAAAUGGAUGUGACUUUGAGACGGGAAAUUGUGGUUGGUCGACAACAAGCGGCGUCUCCGACAAGGCCUGGUUGCUCCACGCAAAUUCUACACCCAGCUUGGGCACCGGGCCCAGCAGUGCAUACUAUGGAUCCAGGUACGCCUACGUGGAAGCAAGUGAGCCAACCUUGCCUGGGGACGUAUUUACUUUGGAAAGCCCACCUUUUGACGGCUACAGCUCGACCUUUGACGUUUCUUUCGCGUAUCACAUGCACGGCCUUGGAAUGGGACACUUAUACCUGAAAGGAAUGAAUGCCACAGGCGAUUGGGACGAUCUUUGGAGCGCCCAUGGUCCUUCGGCCGACGUGUGGCAAAAUGUCUUCCUGGUGGUCCCUCCAGGUUUUGGCCUGUUGCGAUUCGAAGGUGUGUCAGGUGUUGAUUGGAGAAGUGAUAUCGCCAUUGAUGCAAUUCAAGUUGCAACAACGACAACCACGUCCACACUUCUUACUACCACUGCUGCUCCUACUUCAACAGGCAUCGAAGCCUUGAGCGCUGAUUUUGAAGGAGAUCUUGGAAAUUGGACGACUGAUGGCCAAUACAAAUGGGCAUUGAAAACAGGUCGUACUCCCAGUGGUGGGACUGGGCCAUCUGGCGCUUACGAAGGUCAGUACUAUGUGUACGUCGAGGCCAGCAGCCCGAACUACCCCAGCAAGACUUUCAAUUUGGAGAGCCCGACGUUCCUUGCAGGGGCGAGUGCAAGGGCCAUCUACUUUGCAUACAGCAUGAUUGGCAACACCAUGGGCUCGCUGGAACUCCAGUAUAGCACCGGAACCAAUUGGACCGAGCUUUGGAAGGUGUCAGGCGACAAAGGUUCUAGCUGGCUGACAGCAGCUGUGACUGUGCCACCUGCGGCAGUCGCAUUGCGCUUCCAAGGUGUGACAGGCUCUAGUUACCGCAGUGACAUUGGUUUGGACAGCAUUGUAGCCUCUGAAUUCGGAAUCACUACUCCUCCGCCUCUCUCGCCCACAGAGGCACUCACCUGUACCUUUGAGACAAACCUUUGCAACUGGAACAAUGUUGAUGGCGCAAAAGAUUGGACUCGGGAUUCUUCUGGCACUCCAAGCAGUGGAACAGGUCCAUCCUCUGCUCAUCAAGGCUCUCACUACAUCUAUACAGAGGCCAGCGGCGGCAACCACAACAAGGACUUUAUCUUGGAAUCUGGGCACUUUGUAGUGACAACUGCGCUGAAACUGCAGUUUUACUACCACAUGAAGGGCACGAGCAUGGGUGACUUGACCGUGUCGUGCAUGAGCACUGGUGCAUCGGACUGGCAGCCGCUCUUCACGGUCUCCGGGUCUCAAGGUGAUUCGUGGCGACAAGCUGAAGUGGUGCUACCGAUGGACUGCGAGUCGGUUCAGCUAAAGGGCCACACAGGUUCCGGUUGGUCCAGUGACAUCACCGUGGAUGACAUCAAAGUGGUUGAUGGCUGAAGGCGAAGACUGAGUGCAGGCCCAUGUUCCCGUCAUGCACUUUCAAAGGAAACGUGCGCGCGCUUUGCCCGCAUGGAAAAGGACAG